AAAAAAAAGAUACAAGAAAAAUGUCUUGCUCCCAACUGCAUCGCUUUAGUCCUCUCUGGCGCGCAGCCUGCUGGACCCGACCCACCCUCCAAAAAAAAAACAUGCUUGGAUACGAACCGUGGGACCUCCAAUAAUGGCAGCCCGCUGCUUCGACGUGGUACCCGUGAUGAUGGCAAUUUGCGGAGACGGUCCUCGGACAAAAGCGGUGUCUGCUUGCGAACAUUGUGUCGCCGGUGAUGCCCAAGAAGGGUUCGCCGGCCGGGGAGAGCUUGAUGCACAGAAACAAAAAUGUGCAGCCGGGUCCGCCAUCUGCUCGGCUAGCGCGCCUCGUUGGUUCUUUCCUUGCCAUUCUCCCAGGAACGGCCGCUCCAAGGGUCGGUUAGCGGCGAGCCCUGCUUGUCUGUCGGUGUGGAUACCGCGUGGACAACCGGGGUGGAGUGGAGGAGAGGGAGGAGCGCGCUUGACCUUCGUCGGCCGUUCGGGACUCGAAAAGCCUCGCGACGCCGUAGUGAGCAGGUAG